UUUUAUCCGCCCGGCGCUGCGCUCGUUGUUGUGAGCAUCGCUCCUCCGCCCUCCGUCGUUGUUGUUGGAGGGUGGUCCCACAGUAGCGUCUUCCCGUACUCCCUCGCGAAGAUUAAAACGUCGUCUCCGUCUUCCAGAAGAGGAACGACGGCCACGAACAAAACUCCGACGCCCGGAAGAGCCUCCGACUCGUCUCUGACGGCGUUUCCCCCUCUUCACGCUCGUAACCUACACACACUCUCACACGCCUCCACUACUACCUUUGGACAUUUUAAACAUCCACGGACCAGCUUACCCACCACCCUCGAAACAACUCCAAGCGCUCGCACAGGGUUUUUUUUUUUAUAUUGUUGCAGUCUUUCCAUCAGACAGGCGAUCUUUUGUUGAGAAAUAUUUUAUUUCACGUUUGGAUUCCUUUAGCAUUUGGUGCUAGGGGCAUGUUGAGUGCGCGGCGCGUACAAGCAGCAUGGCCCUGCCCCGGUUCCGGCUGCUGCGCUUCUGCACCUGCCUCUCCGCAAUCUUCGCUCUGCUCAAGCGCCUCGUGUGCCGGUCGGGGCGUGGGAGGAAGUUGAGUGGUGACUCCGUGAUCCUUCCCACCACCGUGGAUUUUUCCUUGCCCAAGACCGACUUGCAGGAGUGGAGCUCGUGGGAUGACGACGCUCCGACCAGCGUCUGCAUCGACAAUGGCGGAGGAGCUGGGAACGGUGGGGCUGGCGGGGGAGGCCUUGGGUUGGGCCCGGCUGCUCUCCUCCCCAUCACGGCUGUCAAUGCCGGCAUAGCCGGUGACAUCAUUGAGCCGGACUUCUUUAGCGACAUGACCCCCACCAUCCGGAAGACGCAGAAGAUUAUUGUCAAAAAGAAACAAGAUUUCAUCGGGCUGUCGGGAUCAUCCACCCUCUCCAGCCGACUCGUUGCCUCCCAGGACCAAUCCUUUCUCCCACCCACGUCUGAGCUGGGGGAGCUGGACACGUGGCCCGAGGGGAGGAAUGCCUGGGAGGAGGAAGGAGACGCUAGUUGGGAGGCGGACGAGGUGUUGAGGCAGCAGAGGCAAAUGGAGAGGGAACGCCGCACAGCUGAGCAGCUUCGGAAGAAGGUGGAGAAGGACAUCCUGAGAGCCCAACGGAAGGAGCACGGGAAGAUCGCAGUGAAGCUCUCCUGACCUUCCCGCACACAGCACACGCACGCGCGCUCGCUCGUACAUGCGGUCGUAUGUGCACACCGUGGCAGGGACCGUCGAGAUUACAACUGCGCUGUCAGCAAGAGCCAAAUUCUCCCGCAGUUCCCCUAGACCAGUGAUGUGCAACCCAGACGAGUUAGUGCGCCACAUCAGCGGCCCUCCUUCACCUCAGUGGGCCGUGAGCUUGACAUCGUGCUUGUGCACUGAUCAUGACCCCAUGCAUAACCCUAGAAACACUUAGACCAGGCCACCACCGAGGGGCUGCACGGGACGCAUGCCGCCCGCGGGCUGCACGCUACCCACCACUGCCCUAGAUCCUCGUAGUUUUUUUCUAAGUGAUCGAGACACCUGGUUUUUGCAAGCAGCUGCCCUCUGGCCGGCGAAUAGUGUGGGAGUUUUCAGGGGAGGUGGGCAGGGGGUAAUGCUCAGUGAGUGAAGGUCGCACAAGCACUGUUUUCCGUCUACGAGUUCCUGCCGUUGACGGGAACAUUUAAAAUCCCGCCGCUUCCUCCCCUCGGCGUUCAAGCACAUGGUACAAUUUUAACGCGGCUUCACACGGAGUGUUAAAAACACAAAAUGCCAUUUGCCCAAGUCGGAGCACUGAGCCAGCACCGCAGAGAUCUUCGGAUCCUUGAUUGCAAUUUCUCGGUGUAUCGGAUUGUCAUUUGUGUAGCGUACGAAAAGUUAACAGGUUUAAACCCACAAUUGUAUCUCUGAUAGUCCAUUUUAGUAAAACCACAGUCCAUGCACCUCCUAAAAGUAGCAAAACCUUUCAUAUUUGCCAUUCUUCUGUCGUUGCGCAGCACAGCGAGAGUCCGUACUGGAGGUGGUACAGUCCAAUUGGACAGCGUGGAUAAGGGAGACAAACCAUCUAUAAAUCCCGCUGUGCUGGGAAAAUGCCUACAAAUCUGUGCUCUCAUGCAUAGGAUUAGCUCAGCAGACUGUUCCAUUUGUCUGUAAGGGGUGGACUGAAAGAGAGGUUCUUGUUUAAAUGAGACGGCGUUGUAAAAAGGGGAUGCGGUAAUUGUGAAUAUUAUUUAAUUGUAGGUUAACAUUCACGCGCGUUUUCUUGCAGAUGUGUGUGAAAUUUUUAGAAAUUCGUAUUUUUAUUUUGCACUGCAGGCCACAAUGACCCCUAUCAGCCUCAGUGUCCAAGGGCCACACAUCGGUGAAAUAGAUUUCUAAAUUGAAAACUCAUUCCUUUUGAACUGCUCUUUGUGUUUAGUUUGUUGUCCUUCCCCUGCACCUCCGAUUAGCACGGUUGGCUACGUAUGGUGCGAAAGAAGUUCAACAUAUAAACAUACAAUGGGAGUCAACAGUUUGAUUCCCCCUACAGGCAGCUUUUGACAAUUUCUUUGGUAUGUUAACCAAAGCUCACCAUCGGCUGUAAAUAAUAAUGGGUCAUUUAUUCGCCUUGGAAAGACAAAGGGAGUCUAAAUACUUUUUCAGAAAUGUGCGACUUUGGUUGUUUGGCCAAUUCCUCAUGGCGUAUUUUACAUAUACAUUAGAAACUGGAGUGCUGAGAGAAAACCCAUGUACAAGGAGAUAACACAAUACUAGCCAAUAGGCUGCUAUUCAGUGGGCUAUUGUAAGCCAGUGCCUCGUGUUAGACCUUAUGCACGCCAAAAAAAGAUUCAACGUAUAACUUGCAUUAGUUAAAAUUGUUAUUACGAUACAUGCAUCAUAUCAUGAGUGAUAGAAUCGAUCAUGAUUUUUGCAAAUUAUAUCCGAUGUUGUGCUGUUACAUUUAGUGUAAUGGCUAAAGAAAAACUACAAACGAGGCAGAACGAACGAGAAGCAUUUAUGGGCGAGACGAAAUAAAAUCGAUUCUUGAAUCGAAUCGUGACCUGAAGCAAUCGUGGGGGUUUGGGCGGGGCCAGGUGAAUCGUUUAGAUGCCCAAAAGUAGUGAUUCGUAAUGUUCUUACCCGACCACAGCGCACGGGACAUCCCCAAAAGUAAUGCCUCAUUCCUUUCCCAACAACCUAUUGAAGAGAAAGACAACAGGUCAAAUCGUAUCAACGUCUGUCAAACGGCAGAAGCCUUGCUCAAUUGUGACAGUGCCAAACCACAUAACGAACCCAAGAACAUCGGCGGACCAUUAGACAGGUCGGGUCAGCUGCCCUGCCUCCCCCCACCGUCCAUCACAAUUCCGGUCUGUUCAUCCCUCUUGAACGACAGCCUAUGUGCACACCGGUUUAAAAAAAAAAAAGCCACCGUCUCUGGAAGGGCGUGGUUCACGAGUGGCUACAAGAUGCCGACGAAUCAUUUUCUCUUGGUGGAUGCCAGCCUGGUUGCUUUGCACAUUGACUCAAGUGCAGAGAGAGAAUGGUAGAGGCUGUGCUGAGAAAAUAACCGGGUGUUCGUGGCCUUUCCCAAAAGUGAAAAUCUAACGCGUGUUCAUUAAACGAGCACGGAGCAUCGCAUUUGAGUAGGGACGUAAUCGUGCGUCGAUAUGUGGAUUAAUAUGGAUUAUUUAAGCUCAAAAGAUGUAUGCAUAUCACUGCAGGUGUAAGACUCAUGUUUUUGUUUUAGAUGUUCUAAAUGAGGGUUAAUGCGACUCCUGCGACCACGAGAGGCCACUACUUUCGCAAAAAAAAAUGAAAAGAAAUAACGUUUGAAUUGCAUUGCCAUCUUAAGUUGCGACAAUUCACCAAAUCUUUCGACCUGUAUUUUAGAGGCAUCUUUCCUUGAUGGAAUCUACUGAGGUUUUGGUAGGAAUCUUUAGGGCCUUAAGUCUACAUUUCAGACACCCUUUCAGAAUAAGCCUGGUUAGUGAAAGGAGGUAAUCUGCCUAUUUUUCACGAUAACAAAACCAGAUGACUUCAGUUUGAGUUGGGAUGGCAAUUGGUGAUUAAAUGGUGAUUCAUUAUUGAGAACUGG